AAGGAGCGACCAGUUCCCCACCUCAGCGCCUACGAGCCGCUGCUCCUCGCAGCUGCGCAGGGGAACCUUGUACCUCGGCUGGCCGUGUUCCCAGCCGGCCUCCUUUUCCGGGAGCUCGGAGUUCGCUAAGACAGCGCUUGCUGUUGCUAUGGUGACUUUGUGGCUACCCGGCCGCUCUGUUGGGAAAAGUCGAGGCUGAGUUGUUGUAAUUGACCCAGUGAACGAGCGUAGGCAGCCUGGCCACGCCAUGAACAGGUUAAAUGUCGUCUUGGGCCAGGGGAUGCCCAGGGCGGCAACCUCCAAGGUUUCUGGAAUGAUGGAAGUGAUUGCUUCUGAAGAUGGAUUUGUCUUAGAAACACGUUUGCCUUUGUCAAGGCAUAAUGGCUUAGGAAGGACAGAUUCAAUGAAGGAACAGAAGAAUAGACAAAAUGGAAGGUUGCAUGUGUUUGGUCCAAAAGAAGAAGUAGUUAUUGAACCAGUUCAAACAAUUCCACGGAUGGGAUGUGGAAAUGAAUCUACAAGCAGACCUUAUACUCCAUCAAAGCAGAUCUUGUUAUGUGCAGCUAAAUCAUUAGAAAAGCGGAAUGCUGUAACAAGGAUUGCAAAAAAUAAAAAUCCAAAGAUGAGUAUAAGACUGCAUGACUGCAUAGAGGAAGAAACAGAAAGUCAUAAUGAUCAACAAUUAAAAACUGAUUUACAGAGGCUGAAUCAUGAAGCUAAGAUAAUGGAGGUGAAGACAGAAUUGGAAAUCAAUGAUGAAAAAAUGAAAAGUUCCACAGCUAUUGAAAAUGUGACCAACAGUGAGGUCAGUACUGGAAUGCAAUGGGAAGGUGUAAAUAAACAAAAUGCUGAUGAGAAGCCACCAGAUAGUUCAGAUGAUGAAAACAAUGAACAAAGUGACAAUGAAGCUGAAAAGAGAAUAGCACCACUACAAUUAAUGGGAGAGUUUCUGAAAGCAAUAAUGGAAGAGAAAUAUAGUCUUGCAAAAAAACUUUGUCAGAUGAUACUGAUAUAUGAACCAGAAAACCCUGAGGCCAAGCAGUUUCUUCCACUUAUUGAGAAAAAACUAGUAUUGGAAAGUGAACGUGGCAACGACGGAGGUGAAGAAACUGGUGAAGAAAGCAGUGAUGACACUGAAGAAGACAGCAAUUCAGAUAACAGUGAGACUGAAAGUGAAGCAAGUUCUGAAGAUUCUGAUAAAAAUGCCUAGGAAUUUGGGAAUGCCAUGAAUUAGUGUGUUUUUAUUUAAUUUGUCUUUGAAAUACAUACAUUAAAACAAGCUGGAUUAAUAAUAAUUUUCCCCCACUUAAUAUAUGUUUUUAUACUUAACAUUGCUUUCGGUGCUCUGCUGUUUCCAUUCAGCUGUUAUUGUUACAUAUAAACUUGCUGUUCAUAGGCAACUCCUGAAAUAUUUUGUUACUGAUGAGCAGUUUGUGAAAUGAAAAUCUCUAGGGGCUAUAAAAACUAUAAAAACUGUUCAGUUCACUUGAUUCUAGUAGCCUAAUAUUCAGGGUUAGCCUGGCACAGCUCUUCCUGGCACAAGGCUAGCACAGCAUAUCGUCUGCCAUUUAUUUGUGUUGAAAGUGCAGUACAAGAGCCUUGGGGAUGCCAGAUGCAACUCAUGGCUGUCAUUUUUAAGUCUCUCUCAAACAUCCAGCACAGAGCCCGUCUUCCUGUGCUCUCCUCUACCUUACUCCAUCCCUGCCCUAUUCUUUUAGACCACUGGUAUUUGUAAAGGCAUUAAUGCUGGCAUGGGGGUGAACAUUUCAGUUUGUUAUGCAGCAUUCAAGAACUUAUGAAAAUCUGAGAAGAUUGUGCAAUAUCCAUUCUCACCUUCUUUUCCAACAGUGCUUCUGGAGUUUGUUUGUUUUUGAGGUUCAGAGUUUUCUAUGAGGCAACAAAUAAAGCAGCAAUGUUCAGUUGAUUGAUUGGAUGGAUAUAGCAUCACAAUUCUACCAAGAGAAAGUUAUUAUUUUAUCUGCAAAGGAGCCACCAUCAAGAUUAUGAUCAGCAUAACACCAAAAGCAUAUAUCUCUUUCCAAACAUUGUCUACAGGAAUAACAUUAGCAUUAAAUGAGCUUCUUUCCCAUCUUAAUGUAGGUAGGGGUACUCUGCCUACAAUGCUGUGUCAUAUCGUGUAUUUCUUAAGGCACUGAUAAAUCACCAAAAAAUUUUGUAUCUUUUUUCUUGUUUUUCUUCCAUAUAUAGUUUGGGUACAAUAAUUCUGAAGUGGGUCUGUUCUUAUCCUGUUGUUCAGUUCCAACUGGAUGUUUCACUUCUCAACUUGUAAGCAUUGUAUAUGUUGUUGUAUGGCAGUGGCAGCUGGAAAGCUAAGAGAAAACACUAGAUUGUAGGCUUGGGAGUUCAAGGACACUAUGAUCCCAAUGAGCUAAAUUACAAAUGUAGAAAUCUCAUCAGGCCACAGAUUGACCUUGCCUCCAGGAGCAGCACCAUGCACAGGUAAGAAACUGUGUAACCAGCUACAAGCAUUUCAACAGCUGCUGUCUUCUAAAUGUGUGCUUAAUUUUAGGGUGGGGGGGAAUGUUCAUAUCCCAGUCAUGAGGAUACUUAGUGUCAGCUCUCAGAUUGGCGCUUUUAAACUGGAAUGAUGUUAUUUGCAUUACUAUUGUGCCGGAGGUAGUUUUCAAAUUUUUAAAAAAGUCUAUUAUUCUAGGGUUGUAAGAUCAGCAUGGGAUCUGGAAGUCUGGCAAUGUACAUUUUAGUUUGGGGAAGUUUGUGGAGCCGGUUCCCCAAACACCAUAAAUCCAUCAGUAAAGCUCCUACAGUUACAAAAAACUAAAAUUUCUCAACCAUGCUGUUCUUUUAGAAUUUUAGAAGU